AUGAAGCUCCCCUUCCUGGCAUCUUGGUUCUGUCUCUGGCUAUCCUCAGCCGUAGCUACCCCACUUGUCCAGCACAACGGCGUCUCCUACAUCGGAAGAAUCACCGAUGACACCGAGUCCUUCCUCAAUAUCAGAUAUGGCCAGGACACAGGGAACGAAAACCGCUUCAAACGUCCGGUUCCAUAUUCGUAUCCAACCGGUGCUAUCGUGAACGCAACCCAGCCGGGAGCAGCUUGUCCGCAACAGCUGGGAAACCCGGUCCCUAGCCUCACGGGGCUAUUUGGGAAUACGACCCAGAUCUCCGAGGACUGCCUGACCGUCCGAGUGGACCGUCCACGAAACACACACCCCGGGGCCAGACUGCCGGUGAUGGUUUAUCUAUAUGGAGGCGGGUAUGCAGUGGGCCAAAUCUACGAUGACACGGCUUACAAUCCCGCCGGUCUGGUGAGGGAAAAUGCCAAAAAGGGACUGCCUGUCAUCUACGCCGCAAUUAACUACCGGGUCGGGAUUUUCGGAUUUGCAGCUUCAAAAGCGCUCCGAGAUGAAGACAACCUGAAUGUAGGACUCCUCGAUCAGCGUCUGGGCCUGCAAUGGGUGCACGAUCAUAUUGCAGCUUUCGGCGGAGACCCAGAUAAUGUGACCAUCUUCGGAGAGAACGUCGGAUGGACCAAUGUGCAACUCCAGCUCACAGCGUACGGUGGCGUGAAAGCACCGCUCUUCCACCGGGCAAUCCUGCAGUCUGGUCCCACAUUAUCCGGAGACGCGCUCACGGCCGGCCUAUCCGACAACCAUACCACCGCCCUCGCACAGAUGCUGAACUGCACGUCUGCCCUGGACGACUCAACCGCGGAACUGAAAUGCCUCCGCUCAGUUCCGCUGGGUACCCUCGUCGGCGCCGCGGUUGAUUUCUCCCUAGCCUUCUCACCCCUGGCCGGGAUAGGGACCUGGCGGCCCACAGCCCCGUCCUCCUUCAUUCCAGACGCGCCGUCGAAACUCCUGCAGGCCGGCCGGUUUCAUCGCCACGUCGACAUCCUAGUCGGCUGGAACGAAGACGACGGCACGCAGUUCGUCCUGCCCACCCUGAGUGGAACCUCCGCCUUCGAAGCAUUCAUUCAGUACCUGUUCCCAGGUCUCUCUCCCUCCAACAACCAGCAGCUCCUAGCGCUCUACCCGGUGUCCGACUUCUCCGACAAGCCUAGCGAGCAUAUCGACCGCAACUUCUUCCACGCCGCGCAGGUUGUCCGCGAUGCGCACUUUGCUUGCCCGUCCCUGCGUGUCGUGGAGGCAUGGAAGCAGCACGCCCCCGCGCGAAAAACCUACCUAUACUCGCUCAACCAGACCGUCUUCCGGGUUGGACACGCAGAGUACAACAAGAGCUACGUCGGCCAGGAUCACUUCAGUGACAUACCGUAUGUCUUUGACUACGUGGACGUGCCGCCGUACUCGACGGUCGCAGACCAGACCGACUAUAAUAUGGCCAGUCGGAUGAGCGGGAGCUGGGCUGCGUUUGCGAGUUUCGGCCAACCCACUGUGCCAGGUCUGUCUGGACAGCAGCUCGCUGCCAGGAACCUGACUUUUGCGCCGUGGGAUCCGGCUUACGGCAGGUGUGGAAACUUGGAUACUGUGGCUCUCCGGGUGCUGGGCGGACCUCGUGAUGGGAUGGCGAGUAUCCCACGGAGCGGUAAGGCGGAUAGAGCAGCGACGGUGUAUGACGAGAAUCUCGCAGAACGGGGUGGUUUCUGGAAUCGAGAAGACGUUCUGGCGCAGACGUGGAUGUGA